UCUCUGUAAAAUGAGUAAGUUAGGUUUAAUGUGUAACCAGAGGCGGACUGCUCUCUGGGCCUAUAAAGGUUCCCACCAGGAUUUAUUUCCACAGACCGACCUGACUGAGUCCAACGCAUCUGUGAAUCUGCUCUUCAUGAUGACGGUGCAGGUGAAGUUUUUGGUAGCGGUGCUGGUUCUGGCAGCCUCGGCUCAGUCCGACCCCCAGUUCUAUCUGCCCACCGACUGUGAUGACAUCUAUCGCCAUGACAACACCACCUCCAGCGGGGUGUACACCAUCUAUCCAGGAGGCCCCGCCAUGCCCCUGAAUGUCUACUGUGACAUGGACACGGAUGGAGGAAGAUGGACUGUGUUUCAGAGGAGGAUGGAUGGGACUGAGAGUUUCUUCAGGCCCUGGAGUCACUAUAAGACUGGAUUUGGGAACGUGGCUCGUGAAUACUGGCUUGGCCUGGAAAACAUCUUCCUGUUGUCUGCGAGGAAGAAGAACGAGCUGCGGGUCGACAUGGAGGACUGGGAGGGCGGGAAGGCGUCGGCCCAGUACUCCUCCUUCUCAAUCGACAGCGAGAAUGUCGGGUAUCAGCUUCACCUGGGCAGCUUCACUGGCGGAGCAGCAGGGGACAGUCUGACGAACCACAACAACAUGAAGUUCACAACCUUUGACAAAGACCAGGACCACUGGGACAAAAACUGCGCUCAGUAUUAUCUCGGUGGAUUCUGGUACAACAACUGCCACACGGUAAACCCCAACGGCAUGUACGCGCCUCACGGCACCAUCGCAUUUGAAAACGCCCAGAUUGUUUGGCACCUGUGGAAAGGCUGGAACUACUCCCUGAAGACGACCGCCAUGAAGAUCCGAUCGGUUUCUGCGUGUUCAUGCACACAUUAACUCGACGACCUCUGGCUCCAGUAGAUCAUGUUGAUACAGCAGUUCGGUACCAACAAUAUGUAUAAAUAAAUAUGAAACAACGCUUUUCUUUAUUAACUUAUUCUUCAGUCGGAAUGUUUUAGUUAAACAGUCUGAAUGCAUCUGUUCCCCGUGUGCUUGUUUUGUGGAUGUUGGUUUUGACAUCUUGACGUAAAUAAACUUUAUAAAUUCGACAGAG